UCAGAUUCCCCUUAACGUGAAUCCCAACCAAAGUAUCGAGUUUGACAACGGCCUGGUAAGAUAUGCAAAGGCACGCUCGAUCCGGCCCACUGCAGUGGCUGCGAACUGAGGCCGUUCCUCCCUCGGGGAGCAGCUGAACCAGCUUGGCAUGCCUGCUGCGCGCCGCCGCGAUGCCGCCGCUCGGGGUGGCACGCGCGGCGUCGCGCCGCUCCCGCCGUACCGGGCCUCCCGCGUCUUCCGUGGUGGCGCGGAUGUCGGGCGCGUGCGACGCGAUAGCCUCGGCGAACAGGCUGAUCGGGCGGCAUCUGCGGGCCGGCCGGCUCGACGCCGCGCGGGAGGUGUUCGACGGAAUGCCGAGGCGGGACGUCGUGUCCUGGAACUCCCUCAUGGCCGCGCACGCCCGGUCCGGGGCGCACGGCAGCGCGGCUGCCGCGUUCGUCGAGAUGAGGCGCCGUGGGUUCCGCGCGGACCACGCCUCCUUCUCGACCGCGCUAUCGGCCUGCGCGCGGAUGGAGGCUCUGGAGCUCGGGAGGUGCGUCCACGGGCUCGCGACAAAGACCGGAGCCUCACGGAACGUGUUUGUCGGCGCGGCCCUGAUCACAAUGUACGCCAACUGCGGGCUGUUCAGCUGCCUGGAGCGGGUUGUGGAAGCUGUUGACAGUCCAAACGUGGCCUUGUGGAAUGCUCUCAUAUCAGGACUUGUGAUGAACCAUCGGGUGGAGGAUGCUCGCAGGGUCUUUGAUCAGAUGACGGAGCGCAAUGUCGUGUCCUGGACUGCCAUGAUCCAAGGGUACGUAAGGAUGCAUGAGUUGGGAUGGGCCUUCGAGCUGUUUAACUUGAUGCCUGCAAAGAAUUCUGUGUCAUGGUGCGUCAUGAUUGGAGGUUUUGUCAACCAUGAGCGGUUUGGAGAGGCAGUUGACUUGUUCAAAACCUUGGUGAGUAGCGGGGAGGAAGUGACCGCUGCAGUUCUGGUUAAGAUUGUCAGCGCUUAUUCUAGCUUGAAAAGUAUUGGAGGAGGCAGAUGCACUCACGGUUUUGCCAUGAAGUCUGGGUUCGCUCUUGACCACAUCAUGGAGGCAUCAUUGGUUAUGAUGUACUGUAAUUCCUUAAAUAUCGAUGAGGCAUGGUUGGAAUUUGAUAGAAUGGAGAGAAAGCAUGUUGGCUCAUGGAAUGCCAUCAUAUCUGGCUAUGUCCAUGCUAACAGGAUUGAUGAUGCUAGACAGCUUUUUGAUUCCAUGAUUGACAGAGAUAAGAUCUCGUGGAACUUGAUGGUCAGUGGCUAUAUAAAAGAUGGAAGAAUUGCUGAUGCUACUGAGUUGUACUCAAAGAUGCCUGAAAAGAAUGUGGAAGCAGCUACUGCUUUGAUGUCUUGUUUUAUAGACAAUGGAAUGCUUGAUAAAGCUCAGGAUGUGUUUUACAAUAUGCCUCAAGUAGAUGUGAUAUCUUGCACUACUUUGCUCUUUGGAUAUGUGAAAGGAAGGUAUUUGGAUGAUGCACUGGACCUUUUCCACAGGAUGCACAAAAGGACUGCUGUCACCUACAAUGUGAUGAUAACUGGUUUGCUUCAUCAAAAUAGGGUUACUGAAGCCUACAAGCUCUUUAAUGAAUCCCCAACACGUGAUUUAGUGUCUUGGAAUAGUUUAAUAACUGGGCUUGCUCAAAAUGGUUUGAACAAUGAAGCACUUAAGAUGUACAAGGAGAUGCUACUGUCAAAUAUACAGCCAAGCGACUCGAUUCUUUCUAGCCUCAUCGGUUGUUUUUCACAUCAUUCUAUGCUGGUUCAUGCUCAGCAGUUUCACGCCACAACUAUCAAGCUUGGAUUUGAAUCGCAUUUGUUAGUUCAAAAUUCACUUAUCAGCAUAUACGGCAAAUGUGGUGAAAUGACUACUGCACAAACUAUUUUUUAUCUUAUGGAUAAGAGAGAUGUAGUGACAUGGAACUCAAUGAUUCAUGGAUACGCGCUCAAUAGUCUUGGUCGAAAUGCUAUUGAAACAUUUGAGAACAUGACAAAUGCUCAAGUUGAUCCUGAUGACAUCACAUUUGUCGGCAUACUUUCUGCAUGUGAUCACUUGAGCCUUUUGGAGGAAGGAAAACAUUUCUUCAAUCUGAUGACAUGUAAUUAUGGAAUUUUACCAAAUAUAAUGCACUACGCUUGCAUGGUUGAUCUAUUCUGCAGGAAAGGCAUGGUUGAGCAGGCUGAAGAGUUAAUGAAGUCAAUGCCAUUUGAACCAGAUUCAGCAAUCUGGACUUCUCUCUUAAGCAGUUGCAGAAUGAAUGACAACAAUUGGUUAGCGCAGCAUGCAGCCAGUCAACUAAUUUCUAUCAAUCCUUCAUCUAAAAUUCCGUACCUUCAUCUCAUCAAUGUACAUGGAUCAACCAACAGAUGGAGUGUGAUAGACAAUACGAGAAGUCAAAUUAGAAAUGCUGCCACUGGGAAAGAAGUUGCUUAUAGCUGGAUUUGACAUUCUAUCAUGACUCCUGAUGCAUACCACAUUCCAGCAACAUGUGAAUAUAGUACCAAUACUAGGCUGCCUACCAUCUAGGACUGCUGAUUCUUAGAACAAGUUUUAUGUUGCUGGCUUGCAGCCAUUGAUCACCUUCUGCAGAAAUUAUCCACUGACCAGGAGUUGUACGUAUGCUAUUUUAAGCAAGCAAGGAUAACAUUGUAAGUGCAACGAAUAUGUGGAAACUGCAUCAUUCUCGCACAUCGGCUCCAAUACCCAUGUGACGAUAACUUUGUUAGUUCUGGGCGCUAAAGUUGUAUAGCGGUCUGUGUGAUCAAAAUUGAUAUCUGUCCUGCAAUAGGUUGACCAGGCCCGUUGUUGAACAAGCAUGAAACGUGCUGUUGCUAUCGCAUCAGUCGGUUCUAUGUUCCAAGUUCCAAUUAAAGAUUCUCCUCUUGCAGCAAACAGCAGCGCCAUUUCUCAAUCUGUUGGUACUGUUAAGUCUGUCAUGCUUGAUCCAAGGCUGAAGUCUGAAAUUUCUAAAACUACGCCAAGAAAUUUCUGAAGUCUGAAAUUCUGUUGGCACUGUUUGGCCGACGGGGGCAAGCUAGCAGCCGGAGAAAGGCACGAGUAGCACUAAUUGUACUUGAAAGGGUGCAUUUGACAGUGAUUGCCAAUUUGUUUUCCUGCAUUGCUUGGCGCUCAGGAAGAUAGUGUGGAACUUCGCCAUGGCAGGAACUUUUCUAUCGUGCUGCAGUUAUAAUUGUAGGCGGAGGGAGUACUUGCAGAGGUAUAGACUCUUGCCGCUGGUUUAAAUCUUUUUGCUUGCAAGAAACGUCCUAUACUUCUUAUUCAAUAGAGAUGAUGGAACAAUGCCAGUGAUCCAAAUGUAGAUGGAUUAAAAUUAGAGGAACAUUUCCAUAAUAUACCGCAUGUGGAAGGAAAAGAUAUCAAGUCAAAUGCGCGAUACGCAGCACGGCCGCUUGACCGAACGAUGGCAGAUUGAGCCGGAACAGGACCCGCUGGCGGCUGGCAUAUUGUUCCGGCAUGGUACGUUCCUCUCCCUCCAGCUGCAGCUGCAGCGCCUGUACUCUUCCGAGGAGUUAUGCAAUGGCCUGAACUCUGAUGCAUUCUACGGAGAAAGCCCUGAUCUGUCCAUCUUGCAAGCUAUCCUGAUGAGACUGUGAUUUUUCCAUUGCCAGAUGUAAAUUGAA